AUGACUCGAGUAAUUUCAACAUGCUUUGAAGCUUGUGAAAUUUAUGAAAAACAAAUCAAAAUUCGAACAUACUACAUGUCACUAAGGUGUUUUUGGUCAUGUUUUUGGCAGCCAGUGCAAUGGGGAAGGGCAACCAUGAUAGAUGCAGAGAGGCGAUUACUAGCCAAUGCCCUCCUUGACUUCUCCAACGAGAGAUUUGUUCUACUCUCCGAAACAUGCAUUCCCUUAUUCAACUUCACCACAAUCUACAACUACCUCGUCAACUCUAACUACAGCUACCUGGGCUCAUUCGAUGACCCCAGGCGCAUAGGCCGCGGCCGUUACAACAAGAGAAUGUGGCCCACCAUUACGCUCUCCGACUGGCGAAAAGGGUCCCAGUGGUUUGAAGUACAAAGGAAACUUGCAAUCCAAAUAGUAUCUGAUUCCAAAUACUACCUAGUAUUCCAAGCCCACUGCAAGCCCCCUUGUUAUAUGGAUGAGCACUACUUGCCAACUCUGGUGACUAAAAUUUGCCCUCAAUUCACCUCAAAUGCAACGGUUACUUGGGCCGAUUGGGCCGGAGGUGGGUCGCACCCAACGAGAUUUGUGAGGAAGGAUGUCACGAAAGCGUUCUUAAACCGGGUUAGAAACGGACCAAACGGUUUUACUUGUACAUACAAUGGUGGUUUGAGUCACAUUUGCUUCCUUUUCGCAAGGAAAUUUCAUCCGAGUACCCUUCAGCCAUUGCUAGAGAUGGCUCCAGGGUUAUUCGGAUUCAAUCCUUAGAAUUUUC